GACUUGGCCAUUACUGGACUCACCACAGAAGUUAAGAAUAUUGAAGAAUAACUAUAAGCCUGCUAAAGAAACUGAAAAGGUAAUAUCAAAACAAAGAAACCGUAAGUCAAUAUGAAAGUCCUGGUACGUCAAAUAAUCUAGAAAUCAAGUACAUCUGUCUGUCUCAAUGAGUAUGCAGAGACACAGAAGUCAAUUUAUCUGUCAAUCCGUCUGAAUAUAAAGUUAAAUCACUCGUAUCGGUUGGAAUCUACGGCUCACUGACCCGGGAAGGUCACGUUUCAAUUCGUAGAUAAGAAAAAUGUCUUACUAAGAAACAAACCAUUGUCCUGUGCCCCAAGAUUCUACUCUCAUUGGCCUUCAAGGUGAAGUUUCUCUCAAUUGGCUGACUUUCCUUCUCGGGACUUUUGAAGGCUUGAAACUAGAAAAAGAGACAUGUUUUUCAGACAGAGGAAUCUAAAACUGUUCUCCCUUCUCUUGAUAUUAUUAGCCAUUACCUCUUUUCUUGUAAAUUACAACCAAAAUGCUGGGUCAUAUACGUGGAGUCCUGACAAGUACUUUACAAGAUUUUCAGAUCGAUUUCGUAGAUUCAUGACAUUUUCUCGAAGGAUUUGCAACUGUGAUACAUGUGUAGCUGAAUCAGAAAUCUCACCCUGGUUUGACGAGAGAUUUAAUCAGUCCAUUCCUGCUCUGUUGACUAAGCAAAAUAAUGUGAUCCCAGAAAGUGUGUAUCGAUGGUGGCUGCGUCUUCAAAGUGAAAGAAAUCCCAAGAAUAUCAACAAGACCAUUCAAGAAUUAUUUGAAAUUAUUCCAAGUGAUUUUGACUUGAUGGACCAUAGUCCGUAUCGCUGCCGGAGCUGUGCCGUGGUGGGGAAUUCUGGUAACCUUAAGAACUCUGAGUAUGGAGCAGAAAUUGAUGACCACGACUUUAUAUUGAGGAUGAAUCAUGCCCCUACAACCAAGUAUGAAGCAGAUGUUGGGAGAAAAACCACGCACCAUUUUGUUUACCCUGAGAGUGUGCGAGACCUACAGGAGAAUGUCACGAUGGUCCUUAUACCUUUCAAGACCCUCGACCUCCAGUGGAUUGUCAGCGCCCUCACUAACGGAACCAUCAAUUUCACAUAUACUUCAGUACCACGAAGAAUCAAAGUUAAAAAGGAAAAGAUUCUUAUAUACAGUCCGGAGUUUAUGAAGUAUAUCUAUGAUAAGUGGCUUCUCAAUCACGGUCGAUAUCCAUCCACCGGCCUUUUCAGUGUGAUUUUUGCACUUCAUGUUUGUGAUAAGGUGGAUAUAUAUGGUUUUGGGGCAGACAGCAAGGGGAAUUGGCACCAUUAUUGGGAGAACAAUCCUUCUGCCGGAGCUUUUCGCAAAACGGGAGUCCACGAUGGCGAUUUUGAGGCAAACAUUAUAGGGAAUCUCUCUGCAAUUAACAAAGUAACAGUUUUCCACGGUAGAUGACCCUACCGAGAAGAUGGCAUCUACUCUCCACAGUUCUCGUGCUUUAUCUUUGAUGCUAACAGCUGACUAUAGUUGGAGCAGACAUUUAUUUAAUUGUGACUGACUUUCUCAAUUUAACGCUGCAAGACACCUUUUCUUACCCUUAUUUUCUUAAUAUGUGGAUACUGACUUUGGAACCUCUUAUGGUAAUUUUCAUGAAGGUACAUGUCCAAUUGAUGUACGAGAAAAUUGGAUAUUCCAAGAUAUUUUUUGAUAAAACUUUUGAUAGGCCAACGACCGAACAAGAGAACUUUCUUUCUACUUGAGCAAAUCCAUAGUGAUGUAAGAAUAAUCUAAAUAUAUUUUCGUUUGAGCAUCACUGAAGUCACCUUACACUUUGCAACAUGUCAGUUCACCAUUAUGUGGAAUGAUGUCUUGUCCUCUUUCUCAGUAAUGAAAAAAAAAUUGGAAUAUGGUGGAUAUUGAAGUAAAAUCCAGUAAAUAAGUGUGUUUUUCCAAGCAUUUUUGGUAAAGAAAUAAAGCAAGAGAUCUUCAUUUGGGGUUUUUGGACCACUACAGAUUUCAACUUCUUUGUCAGAAAUUCAGUGAUACCAACACAACUACAGAUAAUCACCUGGGGUCUGGGAACGUUUUUCUAUGGCUUAUGAUAACAAUUUUUCAAAUUUGUGUUGGCUUGAACUUGUAUGAUUUUUUUUUAAAGGGAAACAAAUCCCACAAAAUAUCAGCUUUCAUGUAUCAUGGUUUGAAGACUGAUGAUUUGAUUUUUGAGAUAUAUAUUUUUUCAUACAAAAGAAACCACUUCAA